AUGACUCUACCCAACUACUCCCAUUGCCAGUACGUCAUCUAUUAUGAAGCCCAUGGGGAUAGAAGACGGCAGGGCAGCAUCGGCGGGAGAAGACACUGGGGAGUAGUAGCAGGGGAAGCAGCAACAGCAGUGAGGGACUGCUCAGGAGCCUCCAAGGUCAGAGCAGGAGCAGGAGCAGGAGCAGGAGCAGGAGCAGGAGCAGGAGCAAGAGCAGGAGCAGGAGCAGGAGCAGGAGCAGCAGAAGGAGCAGGAGCAGGAGCAGCGGCAGGAGCAGAGGCAAUUGCGACAGAAUCAGAAGCAGCAGCAGCAGAUAGAGCAGAAGCAACAGCAUCAUCAUCAGCACUCGCAGCGGCAGCAGCAGCAGCAGCAGCAGCAGCAGCAGCAGCAGCAGCAGCAGCAGCAGCGACAGCAGCCGCAGCAGCAGCAGCAGCAGCAGCAGCAGCAGCAGCAGCAGCAGCAGCAGCAGCAGCAGCAGCAGCAGCAGCAGCAGCAGCAGCAGCAGCAGCAGCAGCAGCAGCAGCAGCAGCAGCAGCAGCAGCAGCAGCAGCAGCUGCAGCAGCAGCAGCAGCAGCAGCAGCAGCAGCAGCAGCAGCAGCAGCAGCAGCAGCAGCAGCAGCAGCUGCAGCAGCAGCAGCAGCAGCAGCAGCAGCUGCAGCAGCAGCAGCAGCAGCAGCAGCAGCAGCAGCAGCAGCAGCAGCAGCAGCAGCAGCAGCAGCAGCAGCAGCAGCAGCAGCAGCAGCAGCAGCAGCAGCAGCAGCAGCAGCAGCAGCAGAAGCAGCAGCAGCAGCAGCAGCAGCAGCAGCAGCAGCAGUAGCAGCAGCAUCUUGA